AUGGAUCUGCAGACCGGUGCAGCUGACAACUUCAGCCCGCUGAGCAUGCUUCCCCCAGAAUGUCUCGUGAAUGUCCUUGACAACCUAGGCACCGCCGACAACCUGGCCGUCUCCAAUGUGUCCCGAGAUCUGCGAAAAUGGGCAAAGCCCCUCGUGUUCAGGAACAUCCUUUGGACAUACACGGCCACGCCUCUCCGACGCGUCCUUCUGCUCCUGGAGCAGAUCUUCCUGAAUCCGCAGUUUGCAGGGUAUGUCAAGCAUCUCCAGCUCACUUACACCGGACCGGCCUGGGUUCUGCCCGAUCCAGAUAUUGACUUUCAACAGCAUGCCACGAGAUUUGCCUUUGUUACCAGGAAAGCUAUCCAGUUCGUGAGCCAGAUCGGGCUUUUCGACACGGUAGGUUACGCGGCGUUGUUACAGCAGGGGGAUUACUACGCGUAUGCGACGGUUCUGAUCUUCCAAUUGCACAACCUGCGAAUUUUGGAGUUGGACUAUACCUAUACUCUGGUUGGUGGUUUUCCUGGUCUGUUUCUCCAACAUGCCUUCCACUCGUCGUUCGAAGGUAUCUCCCGAUUCAACAGGCUGGAGAUCCUCAAAUACGGCGGGGACGUCCCCCAAGCGGAGAAGCUUGACAACGAGGCGGAGGAAGCCGUGGCUGUUAUUCCUUUACUGGGGAACGAGUAUCAAUUUGCUCCCUGGUUUGCCCUGCCUAAGCUGAAGCACGUGGAGAUCUGGCUCAGGAGUUCUUUCGGUUUCGAUGAAUACAAGGAUCGUUUGGCGGCUGGCGAGCUUGAUAGCCUGGUUAUAGCCAGAUCAAGCGUAGACGCGGCCGAUAUCAAGGAAAUCCUCGGCGCCUGUCCAAAUCUCCGGAGGUUGCACCUGGGAGUCUGCUACAACUUGGUGUCGCAGCUGCCACUCUUCGACAGCAAGGAACUGGCGGAGGCGUUAAGGCCAUUGAAAGUCCGCCUAGAAACUCUCUCAAUAGGUCUAGAGACCGACCCAAGCUUCGUUGGCGGAUUCACCUGGGACCAGGACAAUAACUUUGGCAGCACGCUGACGGAUCCCUUCCUGAUGCUGUUCAGUGAGUUCACGAAGCUUCAGGAGCUCGAAGUCCCAAUGCCGCUUUUACUGGGCUGGUUCUCGAACGAGAACUGGGCGGAUUUCCACAAGUACCUACCCCCAAAGGUACGGCACUUGGUAAUGCGGAAUGAUCUCUCCGGGUUCGAUAACUACGCGUGGGAUCCGUACGGGAUGGUCUUUGCAGUCGACCAGCGGGUUGUUGCGACGAAGAAAACGAUUCCUAGCUUGGAAAGGUUGACGCUUCGUGUCUGGGCCACGAAUGCUCGUCGGCCGAAUGAGGACUUCCUGGCUGAAGCGGCGGAUAUGGCGCAGUCGGUUGGGGUGGAGUGUCACUCGGUUGUUGACGAGCUUGGCUCGGGGCUUUGGGUUGCCAGAGCUAUGUGA